ACACAGGUGUUACCGAGAGCUAAAAUGGAGGAGAAGGGAGCUCAACUGGACAUAGGAAAAUUAUCCUGUUCCAUCUGUUUUGAUCUGCUGAACGAUCCAGUGACUAUUCCCUGUGGACACACCUACUGUUUGAACUGUAUCAAGGACCACUGGGAUAAAGAAGACCAGAGGAGUAUCAGCAGCUGCCCCCAGUGCAGGAAAGAGUUCAGACCACGGCCUGUCCUCGAAAAAAGCAUCAUAUUGACAGAAUUAGUAAAGGAUCUUAAAAAGACUGGAAUCCAAACUGCUCCAGCUGAUCACUGCUAUGCUGGACCUGAAGAUGUGGCCUGUGAUGUCUGCACUGGGAGGAAGAUGAAAGCUGUCAAGUCCUGUUUAUCCUGUCCUGCUUCCUACUGUGAGGAUCACCUCCAGCCUCACUAUGAUGCUCCACCAUUAAAGAAGCACAAGCUUGUUAACCCCUUCAAAAAGCUUCAAGAGAACAUUUGCUCUCGUCAUGAUGAGAUAAUGAAGAUCUUCUGUCGUACUGAUCAGCAGUGUAUCUGUUAUCUCUGCACCAUGGAUGAACAUAAAGGCCAUGAAACAGUCCCAGCUGCAGCAGAAAGGACUGAGAAGCAGAAGGAGCUCCAGGAGAGACGACAACAAAUCCAGCAGAGAAUCCAGGACCAGGAGAAAGAUGUGAAGCUGCUUCAACGGGAGGUGGAGGCCAUCAAUGGCUCUGCUGAUAAAACAUUGAAGGACAGUGAGAAGAUCUUCACUGAUCUGAUCCGUCUGAUCCAGAAAACAAACUCUGAUGUGAAGCAGCAGAUCAGAUUCCAGCAGGAAACUGAAGUGAGUCGAGUCAAAGAGCUUCAGAAGAAGCUGGAGCAGGAGAUCACUGAGCUGAAGAGGAAAGAAGCUGAGCUGGAGAAGCUCUCAAUCACAGAGGAUCACACCCAGUUUCUCCAGAACUACCCCUCACUGUCAGCACUCAGUGAGUCUACACACUCAUCCAGCAUCAAUAUUCGUCCUCUGAGAUACUUUGAGGAUGUGACAGCAGCUGUGUCAGAGCUCAGAGAGAAACUACAGGACAUCCUGAGAGACACAUGGACCAACAUCUUACUGACAGUCACUGAAGUGGAUGUUUUACAGUCAGAACCAGAACCUAAUACUAAAGAUGGAUUCCUAAAAUAUUCACAAGAUAUCAUUUUGGAUCUCAACACAGCACACAGAAAUUUGGUUUUAUCUGAGGGUAAUAGAAAGGUUCUAGCAACAAAGCAACAACAGUCUUAUCCUUAUCAUCCAGAAAGGUUCACUGUUUAUAAUCAGGUCCUCAGCAGAGAGAGUCUGACUGGACGCUGCUACUGGGAGGUGGAGUGGAAAGAAGGAGGAGUUUAUGUUGCAGUUUCAUACAAGAAUAUCAGAAGAGCAGGAAGAUCAGAUGACUGUUUGUUUGGAUUCAAUGACAAAUCUUGGUCAUUAUAUUGUGACACAAACAGUUACAUAUUCUAUCAUAAUAACAAUCAUACUCCAGUAUCAGGUCCAGUUUCCUCCAGAAUAGGAGUGUAUCUGGAUCACAGAGCAGGUAUUCUGUCUUUCUACAGCGUCUCUGAAACCAUGACUCUCCUCCAUAGAGUCCAGACCAAAUUCACUAAACCUCUAUAUGCUGGGGUUAGGCCUUUCUUUUAUGGAUCCUCUGCUGAAUUUGUUAAAAUGAAAUAGACAGAAGUAAUCUGCGGUCCAGUUGGUUAAAUGUAACUUCCAUUCCAUCUUCUGUAGUCUCCAUCAUUACUGCUGAGAGCUUAUCUUUGUAUUUCUGCACUGCUCCAAAAUUCAUUUGAUGUUGUUCCGUAAAAAUUCAAAAAAUAUCCACUGGACUUGGUUUUCAAGAUUUGAAGACGUUUCGCCACCUCUCCAGGAAGCUUUCUCAAUUUUU